CCUCUUCAUCUCUCUUCUUCUGCCAUUUCUCAACACCGACACGACCUCUCCCCUUCUCCUCUCCCUCUCUCUUUGAAAACGCCCAAAUCCCUUUAUUACCUCUGUUAUCCUUGCUUUCCCCUGCCCCUCUCCCUCUCCCCGUCUCUAAAUUAUUUCGACGUUCAGACUUCCGUCGGUUUCCCUCUACCUCUCACCUGCUCUCCCCUUCCAUUUGGUGAUUCUAUAAAUACCUUCCGCUGCAAUUUUGAUGGAACAACAAAGGGUUUUUCUUCCAAUUGUGACCGAGAUUGAUUAGAGGAGUAGAAAGCUAUCAAUCAAGAAGGAUGUGUCGAAAUAAGAGAAUAAAGAGGACUAUGGAUAGUAGUCCAAAUGCAGAAGAUCAAUCAAUGAAAAGAAGUGCACGUUGGCUAGAACGAGCAUCCAAUUACCAAGUUGAAUGCAAUGGGAAGAUGACUGCUGAAAGACAACGUAAAGGUGAAUACAGCUUCAUUAAGGAUUUGAAGUUAUAUCAAGAAUCUUUCUCAAUCAAAGUGCUUAUACUAAAAGUGUCCUUGGAGCAAUUCUCAUCGUCAAAAGGUUCAGGUCAGGUUCAAAAGAUUAUUGUGAUUGACGAAGAGGGAACAAAGAUUCAAGCCACACUAUUCAAUGCUACAAUAGCAACAUUUGAGGAAUACAUCCAUCUCAACAAUACCAUUAUCAUCAAGAAUGGUAAAGUCAGGCCUAUAAAUAGGAAAUAUGCAUCGGUGAAUCCGAUAUUUGGGCUUGCUUUUGGACAAAACACAAAAAUUACAGUAUCCGAAAAUGAAAUCAAUAUCGGUACCCUACUAUUUUCAUUCAAGCGAUUCGAAGAGGUGACAAAGACAAAUAAUGAAAAUAUAUUUUUCGAUGUGUUAGGAUUCAUCACUUCAGUGAGACCGUUGUACUUUUAA